UCUAAUUUUUCACUUUUUGUUUCUGUUUUGUAAGUUUGUUUCUUUUCGAUCUUUUCAGUUUUCAUAAAAAGUACAAACGUAGGUACGUCUAGGAGAGGAUUCUAAUCACCGACCAGAAACAAUUCUAAUUUUAUUUUAUUUCCGGAAGAAGUGAAAAGCUAAAAAUAACUCAAACUACAAACGGAGCUGGAAUCAAGAAAGUAUUUGACAAAGACGAGUAAGAAAAUCUAAUAAAACUGUUUGCAAGGUGUACUCUGAAAAGUAAAUGUUUAAUAAAUAAGUCAGGAAUUAAGUGUCUUCAAGAAAUGGAAGAUAUAGUGUUUAUCGGUGAUUGGAUAAAAGAUAGACUUUUAGGCUCGGGAAGUUUCGGUACGGUUGUUCUUUGGAGGCAUAAAAGUAAUGACCAGAAACUCGCUAUUAAAACUUGCAAAUGGGGCGAUGAACUCACUGCGAAACAUAGAGAACGAUGGUCCAAAGAGGUGGAAAUGCUACAGAACUGCAACCAUCCUAAUAUAGUAGGCACAAAAGAGUUACCACCAGAGUUCAAAACAGGGUUAGCGCGAGCGAAUCCUUCUAAACUACCCAUAUUAUGUAUGGAAUAUUGCAGUGGAGGAGAUUUGAGGCAAUUGUUAAACAAGCCUGACUCAUGCGGUGGACUCAAGGAAGUACAAGUGCGGAAAAUACUCAACGAUUUAGGCAGUGCAAUGCGAUUUCUUCAUAGCAACAAAAUUACCCAUCGUGAUCUCAAGCCUGAAAAUAUUGUGAUGUGUGUCUCAGACCCUAAUAGUGAACAAAGUAAAGUUACAUACAAAAUAAUUGAUCUUGGAUAUGCUAAGGAAAUAGAUUCCAAUUCUAUCUGUGCAAGCUUUGUUGGUACCUUGCAGUAUUUAGCUCCUGAACUUUUCUAUAGCAAAACUUAUAGCAACUCUGUUGAUUUUUGGUCAUUUGGACUGAUUGCUUUUGAAAUCAUAUGUGGCAUCAGACCGUUCCUACCAAACAAAGCCCCAGUUGAAUGGAUGCCUGUUGUAAAAAAGAAGUCUCAUGAUCAUAUUUGUGUGUAUGAAACAUUUCACAAUGAUGUCUGUUAUUCCAAUGAGAUUUUCCCUGAAAAUCAUAUUUCCAAGCCAUUCAAGGCUUUACUUGAGGAAUGGUUAAAGGUAGCAUUGGAGUAUGAUCCUAAAUUGAGAGGUAGAGAUGCUCCAUCCAAAGUCACAUUUGCUAUCCCGUCCGAAGAAAAAGGAAACAAUGUAAGUAAUGUUGUAAUAUUCAGUCUUUUGGAAAAGGUCCUGUCUAAGAAAAUAAUCAAAGUUUUCUCUGUUACUGCUCUAUCUCACAUAGCUUAUGCGAUUGAUGAUGCAACAACUAUUCUUACAUUAAAAUCCUGGAUUAAUAAAGACACUAACAUUGCUACUGAAGAUCAAAUCUUAAUAUCACAAAUGACAUAUAUUGAAAUUGGAAAUGAAGAACUUGUUGCAAAAUACUGGAAUGAAACCAGCGCUGUAAUGUUAUUUGUUUAUAACAAAAAACAAAUGAUAGAUGAUAAUUCAGCUCCCAUCGUACCCAAAGCUGUCCAAAGAUGCCUCGAACUUCAUAAGGCAUUGUACAACUUUAAGAAUAGUCAAACUUUGUACAGAAACUCUUUCUAUUUUGUGAUAUCACAGAUGGAUAUUUAUGAUGCUCUCAUUAAUGGUAUUUACUCCAGAGCAGAAUCUUUGAAACAGGAGAGUAAACAGUUGCUCGUCAAGCAUAAUACUACUGAUAAAAAUUUGGGCAAGCUACUAGCUAAAGUAGAAAUUGUGACAAAAAUGACAGAUCUAGGCAAAAAUCAUAUCAAAAGUUUAAAAGAAAAUGGUGUUGGAACAAAUUUCCUAGGUGGAUUUGGAAAAACUUUCAAAAAUGCUGAUGAAAUAGUAGAAAAGACGCAAAAACUUCAAACUGCUUGGUCACAAUUGUCUGUAAGAUUACAAUCAGCAGCACGGCGCAGUAACGAAGGAAUAUCUAAUGAACUCAACAACUUUGUAGCUAAAUAUAACUACCAAAGCAUGUUUACAAAUGCAUACAAAAUAUUUACUUCACAUAAAAAGUCAGACUUUUACAACGAGAAUAGAGAAAAGGAGAGACAAUGUCCGGAAAUAGUGAAAUUAUGCUAUGACUGUUUAAAGCUGAGGAGCAAAAUUUUACAAGAAUUACAGCACCAACAAUUUGUAUUGAAACUCAAAGACUUGACCACAGAGUUUUCUAAAAUCACUGACAUCAUUUCUAAGGCCAAUGAAAAUACAGACAGAUUGAAUAAUGAUCUAUCUGCAUUAAUAGAUGAAUUCAAUAAUUGUGUAUGGUCAACUAUCAGUGUAGUAGUAAGGGAUGCAGAUAAUGUUGCUGAUCUGCCUUACAGUGUUGUAUCUUUCCAAAAAAGAGACUUCCAGAUUGGGGAGCCUGUUUCGAACCAUUGUAUCCCUGUAGCAAAUACAGUAAGAGAUGAUUCCAUAAAAUCGCUCAUAUCUGAAAGCUUGACACUAAGGCAGAAUCAUAAUAACCUUUGUGAUAAAUUGGACAGCCAAAAGAAAUUGCUCCAGCAAUCAAUAUUUGAUUUUAGUUUUCUAAGUGAUGCAUAAAAUAAUAACUAAAUUGUUAUAUUUGUUGUUGAUGUACUAUUAAUUGGAGGCUAAUGGAUAUUACAAUUUAAUAAUAUCAUUUUUAAUAGCUUCCUUUAAGUUAUUUUAAGAGUGCCUUAUUUUGUAUAGACAAUAAUAAUCUUUUUAUCUAAGUAUUAGAACAAACUAGCUAAAAGUAUUGGGGCUAAGUGUUAUCUACUAUAGAGUUGUAGACUACUACAUAUUAACAAUUGUAGUUAUAAUGAGGAUAUUAAAAAAAAAAUAUUCUGCAGUUGAAAUUUCGGUCUAGUCAGUGUACUAAUUUUUAUAUCUCAGUACAUUUUUUAAAAACAAAGUGCAAUUAUGUUUUUUUUAUUUACAUGUAACUAUUUACUUAUAUUAAAAAUAAAUUGUUUUAUUUUGAA